AGAUGUCAGAAUGGAUCAAGUUUUUCACAGGAGCUGGGAUACCACCUGGAGCUGCAUCAACAUAUUCAUUGUCAUUUAUUGACAAUAGAAUAAAAAGAAAUAUGUUAUUAGAUCUCACAAAAGAAUAUCUGAAAGAAAUGGGCAUAUCUGUAAUGGGAGAUGUGAUAGCAAUUCUAAAAUAUGCCAGGAGUACGCAUCUAAAGGAAGAAAGAGAGAUGCCAGCUCUGUCAGCUUUACCAGCAACCCAAGAUGGUAAAAUUGAAAUCAAAAGACAAACAACAGCUGGUAAUCGCAUGUUGGAACAUUACAUGCGUAAAGAAGGCAUGAUCAGUUCAGAGCCAGAAGCUAAAGUUAAAGUAACAACUGAGAUGGCAGCCAGAUUAGGUGCUGUUCCUAAAAGAGGUAACUACACUAUGAUCAAAACUGGCUUAUCAAAAUGUUACAAUAAUUGAAUACAAUGAAUACAAUUAUAGUAAUA